AUCAUCGCCGAAGGAAUAUCAGUCAUCUCCUCAUGGUAGUAUCUCUCUCUCUCUCUCUCUCUCUCUCUCUCUCUCUCUCUCCUAAAUCAUGAUGGAUGCCAAGAAGCCAGAGAACUAUCAAUUUUCAGACGAACGACCCAUUGAGGCAUUUGAUAGCCCUCGAAAACCAAAACGAAACAAGUAUGCUUUUGCUUGUGCCAUGUUAGCCUCCAUGACUUCCAUCUUACUGGGUUACGAUGUUGGGGUGAUGAGUGGGGCCGGACCCUUCAUCCAAGACGAUCUCAAAAUCUCCGACGUCCAGCUGGAAAUCGUCAUGGGAAUCAUCGAGCUCUAUUCCCUCCUCGGUGCCGCCGCAGCUGGCCGGACCUCCGAUUGGGUGGGCCGCCGGUACACAAUCGUGAUCGCGGCCGCACUCUUCUUUGCCGGAGCCCUUUUCUCUGCCGUGGCCACCAACUACGCCAUCCUAAUGGUGGGCCGAUUUAUCGCCGGGCUCGGCGUCGGGUUUGCCCUCCUUAUCGCCCCGGUCUACACCACCGAGCUCGCCCCUGCCUCCUCCCGUGGAUUUCUCACCUCUUUCCCAGAAGUCUUCAUCAACGCUGGUGUUUGUCUGGGAUUUAUAUCAAACUAUGCAUUCGAGAAUCUUCCACAAAACCUAGGAUGGCGGGUCAUGGUCGGACUCGGAGUGGUUCCCCCAAUCUUCUUGGGCCUAGGGGUCCUCACCAUGCCCGAGUCACCUCGGUGGCUCGUUUUACAGGGUCGGCUCGGCGAGGCAAAGCGGAUUCUCGACAAGACUUCAGACUCGAAAGAGGAGGCUCAGCUCCGUCUCAACGAAAUCAAGGAAGCCGCGGGGAUCCCCGAGGAGUGCAACGACGACGUCGUUCAAGUGUCGAAGCGGAGUCACGGCGAAGACGUUUGGAAGGAGUUCUUUAUCCGCCCCACGCCCACCGUCCUACAUAUUCUCAUUUGCGGAGUUGGAAUUCACUUCUUCCAGCAAGCUUCUGGCAUAGAUGCCGUCGUUUUGUACAGCCCUAAAAUAUUUGGAAAAGCAGGUAUAACAAGCAAUUCCCACAAGCUACUCGCCACCGUGGCCGUAGGAUUUUGCAAGACCGUAUUCGUUCUCGUGGCCACAUUUUUACUGGAUCGGGUCGGGCGCCGACCGUUACUUUUAAGCAGCGUUGGGGGAAUGAUCGUGUCCCUCGGGACUCUAGGCACGUGCUUGACGAUCAUUGACCGAUCGCAGAAGAAAGUGAUGUGGGCUGUUGCUCUGGCUAUUGUAUCGAUGCUAUCUUUCGUCUCGACAUUCGAGAUCGGGAUGGGGCCCAUCGCGUGGGUCUAUAGCUCGGAGAUCUUCCCGUUGAGGCUGCGGGCGCAGGGGACGGCUAUGGGAACGGCUAUGAACCGUUUGAUGAGUGGGGUCAUAUCGAUGACUUUUCUCUCCCUCACCAAGGCGAUCACGACGGGCGGGGCCUUCUUCCUUUUCAUGGGAGUGGCAAUCGCAAGCUGGAUUUUCUUUUACACGCUGUACCCAGAAACGCAAGGGAAAACCCUCGAGGAGAUGCAGGUCUUAUUUGGUACCUUCUUUAAGUGGAGGUCGACAAUGAGGGAAUUGGAGAACAAUAAGGUUGUUAGUAAAGAAGAUAGCAACAGUGAUUCUGAUGGCCACAUUGAGUUGGGGACUACUACUAUCGGUUGAUGAGUCGGGUCAAUGUUGGAUAUUACUUUCGUGACUGAGCUUCAAAAAUUCGUUCACGCCAAUUGCCUCUCCCUUUCUAUGUACUAGUGGUGCCGGCAAGUGUGUUGCACGUGGUUGUCCGGUUUGCCUAGCUGUUAGGUAUCGUGAUUUUUUCUUUUUCUUGAGCGGGUCUUCGUUAUAGCGUUGCUUUAUGAUUCUGGUUGAUCUUGCAGUACAACAUUGGUUACCCGCAGGAAGCCAAGAAAAUGUAUUAUACAUAAGUCCAUUUUCGUGAACGAUCUACUCAAGUUCGUAA